CAAUGUAAGGCCUUCAGCCUUAUUGGGAAGAGUCGACUAAGUUAGCAGCAAAAAUACAACAUCGAAACUAAAUGUAUUUUAAGUCCGAGUGGAAAAAGCGAGACGUGAUUAGAAGCCCCCAGGUCUAAUUGAAAUAACCCGGCUCGAUUAUUUUUGCUUACUUUUCAUUCGAAGACACUUUGUUGUUUAUUAUUUUUUGAAUAACUCAACCACUUUGCUCGAAUGACCGGGAAAAGUUUGAAAAGCUCUGUUCAUUUUGUUAUUUUAACAUAACUGUUAAAGUGAAUUUAUGCAGACGGUUAAUGCAAGAUUAAAGCCGAAUUUUGAAACUUAUCUUCAGUUUCACUUCUGUUUUGGCGCUUGCUGUUCAAUUUGAAUUCUGCGGGCUAUCCCUCUGAACUUUCUGUACGAUUCAGUGCACACUUACGAGAAGCAAAGCACCUCUAACUGGAACUAUGGCUUCAGGUCAAACUUGAAAUGACGAUUUUGAUCAUUCAAGAUUAUAGUUUUACGGCCUUUUAGAAUCAUUCAGCUUAUUUUGAUAAAUGUUUUAUGGAAUCAUUAAAACCAUUCAUUAUUGCUGGGUAAUUACAGCAAACUCCUUCGGGGAUAUCCUGCGUUCAAGAGACGUUUUGGCUCUUCUGGUCGAUUUCUACUCCUACAAAGAUCAAAUGUGAAGAGUGUUGUGGACCCUGUGCUCUGUGAAUUAUUGAUGACGCUCGCGGCAAAAAUAUAUUUACUCAGUCUCCAACAUUGCGAUCAAAAGACAACUUGAAAAUACUUAAAAUCGAACGCCGGCUUAUUUCUCAUUCAUUGACAUCCAGAUCCAGAUCUUCAGAAUCAAAAUGUCCAUAGUUACAAUUUUGCAAGAGCAAAUGGUUACUUCGAACAAAGUUUCCUUAAACAGCAGUAAUGAUUUGCCUUCGUCGGAUCUCAGUCUUAACCAAUCAGAGGGCGAGGAUGCGUUUGAACCAAUGAGAACCACUCGCGAGUGUGGGUGGUGUUACUUGCUGCUGGGCUUUGUGAUUCUGUGCACGAUGUUGGGCAACCUGAUGGUAUGUUUGGCAGUCAUCUUCGACAAGCGACUGCAGAACAUCACUAACUUCUUCCUAGUGUCGUUGGCAAUGACUGACAUGGGUGUGGCUGUUCUAGUCAUGCCCUUUGCUAUCGUGGUCGCCUAUAACAGCGGUCUAUGGCCAAUGGGAAAUCUAGUGUGCAACGUCUAUCUACAUGUAGAUGUGCUUCUUUGUACCUCUUCAAUUCUCCAUCUGACCAUUAUAUCUCUCGAUCGAUUCCUCGUCAUCAAGUACCCUCUGCGACACAAAAUACACGGGGGAUCCCGAUGCUCCACAGUCCUCAAAAUAUCCCUGGUCUGGAUACUCUCGAUUAUGGUAGCUUUUCCGGGAUAUCUGAUCCGAAAUACGAUUCACUCUUCGCCGGACAAGCCGACAGUAGCCGAGAACAAUUUUCUCUCGGAGAAGGGCGAGUGCGGAUACUUCGACACGAGUCAACUGUUUAUAAUUUACAGUGCAACCGGGUCGUUUUUCCUGCCGGCGACAAUCAUGGCGGUCUUGUACUUUGUCACUAUCAUGGAACUCUACGGGAGCACGGAGUUUUCGCGACGAGCCGAUGCCAAACGCAACGUGGCUGGGAUCCACUCGAGCGAGGCAAAGAGCUUUGUGCAGAGAAUGACAUUUCAGAGUGCGCAGAAGAAAGCGAUGAAGGUGUUGGGAGUUGUGUUCACGUGUUUCCUCAUCAGCUGGUGUCCCUUCUUUGUUACAUACUGUCUGCAGGGAGUCUGGCAUGUGGAGAUCUCACCGAAUUGGAACCUUUUCGUGCAGUGGCUAGGAUACCUUAACUCGAUGCUCAACCCCAUAAUCUACACUCUGUUCAACCAAAAUUUCAGACGCGCUUUUGUCCUCAUUUGCCAGUUCAAGUUCAACGAACUGAAAAUGCAGAGGCCCAGAAUGAUCACGAACCAACUUCAGCUAGCCAGAAUAAAUAGCAUGCACCAUCAUCAGUGCCAAAACAACCCAGACAGGGUCUACAACAUACGAAGAGCUAAUAUGGGCUGCAACAUUAGUAAUAAUAACAACAACAAGCCCCCCACCGCCACUCAUAUUACUGCCUCUACAAACAUAAUCCCCCCAUACGACGAAUGCAACAUAUACUUGCCAUUUCCAGGUGGACAACGCACUGGAGCUAAAUACAGGUGUUAUAAAAGUAUGCUUGUUCAGCAGGACUUCAGCAUAUCGGCUAAUGGAGUGGCUGGUUGUUCAUACCAUCGUGCAAAUCAUACCAACAGCUGCAACGGAAGAAUAACUUCAAUAAGUGAAACCAGCAGAAAUAAGAGCAGCAACAGCGAAUCAGUGCCGAGCAAACCAAGAUCUUCAUCAUCAUUCUCGUAGAUUCAUUUCGCACUUUUUCAGACAAAUGACCUCAAGUUGCUAAUUGAAACUGACGUUAGAGAUUAGAGGGUGCAUCACGCGUAAUACGGACAUGAAAUAGCCGGCAAAAAUGUCGACUUUUCCAUUUAGAAAAAAUUAGGUCGCCUUUAGCAAAAAUGUAGGGUUGAUGGAAAAGAGUAGGAGCAUUUGGAAAUGGCAAACAAAAAUGGGGGAAGCAAUCGCCCCUUCUCCCGUCCUCGGCAGGCUAUGAUGGUCUGAUUACAAUUUAAUAGUUCGUUAUUUGGUAUUUGUUCGUUUUUCUAUGCAGUCUUAAAAUGAAGCCAAAAAACGAAUUUUAAGCACUUUUUGAAAAAUUUUGUCCAAAAAGUUGCUGUUUAGUGCGCGCUCCCUCAAAUCCCUGAUAGAGGGGGCUGAUAAGCAUUACCAAAUCGGAAAUCAUUUAGAUUGAAGCAAUACAUAGUGCGUCAUAUUCUUGUAUUUAGCUGUUAAAUUUCUUCCCAGGUGUUAGAUAAUUAUCCCAGAGUUAUUGUUCUUAUAAGAAAUAAUUUGAUUUAACUUUCUUGUCCCGUCUUUACUAAUUAGUUGGUCAUUAUUGAAUGUUGAUUGUUGAUUUUAGAAUAAAACCUUUUGUUUUGC